CGGCUGCGUCCGACCUCCUUGCUUUUCGAGAAUCCACUGCCUUCGAUUCCUAGUUUCCCACGGCAGGGCAGCCUCAUCGGAUCCCAUGAGCCGGCCCACGGGCGCGUGGCGACUAGGGAUGGCAACGUGUACAAUACCAGCAGCACCGCGUGCGCAUGUGGGCCGCCUCCCCGGCAUUCGGCAGGCAGCUCGUCCUGCUCUACUGCUUCCUUCCUUCUCCUCCUCCACUCUCCUCUGUCACCGGCUUCCCCCCAUCCUGCCCCUCGUGCUCCAGCUCCUCCGGGUCCGGGCCAACCACGCGAUGGCGGCGUCCGCCGGGACGGUGUACGAGGCGGACGCGGAGGCCGUCGUGCGCCGGAUCACGCCGGCACUCGACCGCGCCAGACACAAGGGCCAGGCAGGGAAGAUAGCAGUAAUCGGAGGAUGUCGUGAGUACACUGGAGCUCCUUAUUUUGCCGCUAUCUCUGCCUUGAAAGUUGGUGCAGAUCUUUCACAUGUUUUCUGCACGAAAGAUGCUGCUACAGUAAUUAAGAGCUAUAGCCCUGAACUAAUUGUACAUCCAAUAUUAGAAGAAUCUUACAGUGUAAGGGUUGAUGAACGAGCAUCUGUUUCUUCUAAGAUUCUUACGGAAGUUGCAAAGUGGAUGGAGCGCUUUGAUUGCAUUGUUGUUGGUCCUGGCCUUGGAAGGGACCCCUUUCUUCUGGAAUGUGUGAGUAAUAUCAUGAGGCACGCACGACAGGCUAAUAUUCCAACUGUUGUGGAUGGGGAUGGCCUAUUUCUUGUAAACAAUAACCUUAAUCUUGUUGAAGGAAACCCUCUUGCCAUUUUAACACCAAAUGUCUAUGAGUACAAGCGUCUUGUUCAGAAGGUUCUUAACUGUGACGUAGAUGAGGAAAGUGCUUCUGAGCAGCUAAUCGCACUUUGCCAAAAAAUUGGUGAUGUAACAAUAAUGCAGAAAGGAAAAGCUGAUGUCAUCAGUGACGGUAAAACAGUUACACAAGUGAGUACUUUUGGUUCCCCAAGACGGUGUGGUGGUCAAGGUGACAUCCUUUCUGGAAGUGUGGCAGUAUUUGCAUCAUGGGCACGACACUUUGUCUUGACAAACGAAGAACCUACAGAGAAAAGAGUUAAUCCUAUGACCCUUGGGUGCAUAGCUGCCUCCCUUCUACUCCGGAAAGCUGCGUCACAUGCUUUUGAGAAGAACAAGAGAUCGACUGUCACCUCUGAUAUCAUUGAGUUCUUGGGCAAAAGCUUGGAAGAUAUCUGCCCUGCCGAGCACUAGCUCCUGCCAGUAAUUGUAGUCAUGCACGCGGAAGCCUAAUAAUGUUUAUAUGUCUGUUGAACAGGGUGUUACCAUGCCUAAUUCUAAUGUUGCCCAGUGAUGUUGAGAACUGUGCAGUAGAAGCGUAAGAUUGAAACUGGGGAACGACGACUAGAAUUCUGAACACAUGUUUCUAGUCGCCUAGGACUAUCCGUCUUCUUCUCGACAACACUAUCACUAUAUAUAAACUUGACCUUAGGAUUAGUACUGCUAUUGGUGCUAGUAGUUUAUUUGAAUUGAAGUAAUUUGCGUAGGUUCUGAGCG